CAAAACCCUAUGAAGACAUCGGAUGAGAAGUGUCACAAUACACUUCUGUAACUCAAGCUUCCACGACACUCACUAAGCUCUGCUUUUCCUGAAGGUUCUCCGACGAUCCUCGCUGCGGGUGUUACUGGCCAGUGUUCCUCGCCGCAUGUGCUCCUUGCUGCCAGAUCUCCUCGCUGCAGCUGCUCCUCUCUGCCGGAUCUCCUCGUUGCUCCUUGUUGCCGGAUCUCCUCGCUGGUCCUUGCUGCCGGAUCUCCUCGCUGUUCGUUGCUGCCGGAUUUCCUCGCUGCUCGUCCUCCAGAAUAUCCAAGCUGCUUGAUCUAUGUCGCGUAAGACCAUUGUUCCUAACUAUCUAGGUAAAAAGGCUUUUAUUACAUGCUAAAUAUUUUUUAGUUUUUACGAUUUCGGUUCAAUUUCUAUGUAGUUUCCUUUGAUGUUGGUGGUGCAUUUAAUUUGUGAUAACCAUGAAGAACUUCUUUCCUAGCUUUUUGUUUUCUUAUGUCUAUCAACUGUUUGUAAAAAUGUCCAAGUGAAAUGUUUAAACGAAUUUAUUGACAUAAGAGUGGUGAUGUUUUGAAACUUGUUUCUGUUCAAUUUGUGUGUAGUUUUAUCUGGGGUUUGUCUAAUUGCAUUUAAUUUGUGAUAAGCAUUAAGAACUGUUUUUGAAAAUUAAACAUCAAGAACUUAUAUUCCUAACUUUUUAGUUUGUUAGAGAUCUGCACGGUGUGGAAUGGAAAUGCACACAUUUAUAAAGGUAUGAUUAUACUUUAGUAAAAUCUUGAAACUUGUUUAUUCAAUGUGCAACAUAAGCCUUUUUGUUGUAUAAAAAAAGUGCAAGCUAAGGGUUUGGUUGGUGGGUUGAGUUUGUGAUGGGAUGUGAUUUCUUUGUUGAUUUAACUUUAUUCAUUAGUAUUAGAGCCUUUUUCGUAUUCAAAUGUGGCUUAUUCUUCUUAUUUUUAGCAGAAUAAGCAAAAUUAGAACUACUAAAUUUGACUGAAAUAGAUUCAUAGCAAAUUUGAUCAUAUCAGCCAAAAAAAUCAUACCCAAACAGGUUCUUAUAAUUAUUUCUAUAUAAUUUCAGAUCCAAGAUAGAGGGAAAAAACGCAGCACUGGCUAUAGUUUCAAAAAGACGUCAAGACUCAAAUAAGUUGCUAGGGGAACAAGAGAGGCAUCUUGGAUUAUAAUUUUUAUAUUUUCAUUUUCCAAUCAAGAGCAUCAUAUCUUUGGUAUUUUGUGAUACGUAUCUUAUACAUUCAUACUUGAAUAAGCUUUAAUUUUUGUUUAAGUUUCUUUUGUAUAGCUCUCAAACUUGAUUUUGAAUUGCUAAAUAUUUCAAAUUUCAGAAUCAAUAUACACACGGAUAAGUUUGUACACACACACACAUGGCGAGUGACAAGCCUACCUGAAACCCACCGUUCAUGAGUCAUGCCGGCGCGCUCCGGUCCACUACGCCCCGAUUAGAGUGAAAUUCAGAGUAAACCAUGCAAAAUUAUUGGUGAAAUCCCAGUAAGUAUGGAGGAAGAAGACCUCCAAAUUUCUCUGGACAAGCUCCCAAUCAAACGCGUAGAAUUCAUCGAGGAAAACAACGUUGAACGGUUUCCUAGUGAUGUAGGAUACAAUGAGAAAACAGUGAGCUUGAUUAGGAGAACUGACUUCGGCUGGGCGGUAGAGUUAGCAGAUCUUCCUGCUAUUCUGCUGCAGCAGGUAGCCACCCAAGUCAUAUGGUGGCUUCACGAGGCCAACUGUUGUAAGUAUAUUUUUUCAUACUUAUCAUGCAAUGUCGUGAGUUCUUUUUAUAAUUGUACAUAUUUGGGUUGAUUUUGCAUUAUAUAGUUGUAUAUAUUUGGGCUGAUUUUGCAAUGCCGUAGAGUACAUUUGAAAAUAAUAGGAUGUUAAUUCUCUGUCUUCUAUCAAAAGCUGCCAUAAUGUUCAUGAUGUUCAAAAUAUGAUUUUAAGUGGAAAUACUACAAGUUGAGUGACUUUAUUUAUAUGCUACAAUCUUGUUCGAGUGAGUGCAAUUUCAAUUAUGCUUCUAUUGCUAUUGGAUAGUUGAUAGAAUUGCAUAUUGACUGAAUUACGAAUUUGGAGUGGUAAUUUAAACAUAAAUGUAGUCUGGGAUGCUGGGGAUCUUUUGUGUUUGUUUUGCAUUCCUAUUCUUUCAUUUUGAUUACCUGGCACAGUAGUCAAAGGAGAUAUUUACAUGAACAUCUAUUUGUAGUGUCAAAUGCAAAGGGGAAGCCAUGAGUAUGGGUACCAUGUUAUGAGGCAUAUGGAUAUUAUAAUAUCUGACGGCAUUGAUUCAUGGAUCGAGACAUUUAAUGUUCAAGUUAAGAGCCAUUUACCGAAGGAGAGAUUAACGAGACAAGAAAGCGUUGGGCAUCAUUUGUCUAUGACAUUACAAGAACUCGAUAUUAAAUAUAUUAGAUUAGAUAUGGUUCUAUUUUGAUAUGUGUGUAGUAUGAAUGGUGAUGGUAUCCUGGUGAACUUUAUAAUUUUGACUUGAACAUGUAAACCUUUGUAGUUUUGAUUUGGAAUGGAUGGUGCUAGUAUUAUGUGGAACUUUGUAAUUUUGCUACGGUUAUGAAUAUAUAUUUGCCAUGAUUCACAUUUACGGA